AUGGGGCACCCGCUGGAGCCUCUGGCCUGGCUGGCCAAUGCCCUGGCGGCCCACGGCAAGGAACUUAAGGCAGGGGCCGCUUUGGCCGUUUACCAUCACGGUGAACUGGUGCUGGACCUCUAUGGUGGCCUCGCCGAUCAGACUACAGGCCGUCCCGUGGACGAGAGCACCAUGUUCGUCCUCUAUUCUUCCACCAAGCCGGUGACGGCCGCCUGCCUCCACAUCCUCUGGGAGCGCGGCAGGCUCCGGUGGGAGGACCGCGUCGCGGACCACUGGCCCGAGUUCGCCCAGUCCGGCAAGGAAGAGGUGACCAUCGGACAGGUCCUGACCCAUCGUGGGGGGUUUCCUGACAGCCCUAGCCACAUGACGUGGGACCGCUGGAGCGACUGGAAUGCUGCUGUAAAAGCCAUGGAGGAUCUCCGUCCCGAUUAUCCUCCAGGGCGAGUCAUCGCCUACCAUCCGCGCAACUUCGGCUGGGUCAUUGGCGAACUGGUCCGGCGAAUCGACGGCCGCCCCAUCAACCGCUUUGUCCGAGAGGAAAUCACCCGCCCCUUGGGCAUCAACGACCUGUACAUCGGACUGCCAGAGUGGCUGCUGGACCGCGUAUCCAGGCUGCACGCCAUGGAGGACUGCGACCGCCGCAGCCAGGUCGACCUGUACAAUCGCCCCGAGCUCGGUGGCACUCUCGACGGUGCGACCAUAAUGCAGCCGGAAACAGUGCAAGAGGUCAUCUCGCCCCACUCCGAAGGUAUCGACCAUUCGCUGAAUCGACGCGUAAUCCGUGGGAUGGGACUUUCGCUGGCCGACCCGCGUACCGGCGAUCCUGAAAAGCUGGAUCCUCACACCUUCGGUCACGCGGGCUCGGGCACGUCGGUUGGCUGGGCCAACCCCGACACCGGUCUGGCGGUGGCUUACAUAACCAACGGCUUCCGCGCCGAAAUCAGCAACACACCUAGGUUAGCGGCCAUUUCCCAGGCCGUAACCGACGCCUGCCUUUAG